AUGGGAGAUGGGCCCGGGUUUUUUGGUGCUUAUGUUUUUUUUGGUUUGGAAGAAUUGAAGUGGGAAACGAUUGAUACGAAAGAAAUUAUUUGGUUGAAGGGGAUAUUAUCAGUCGCAAAUAUCAACACUAGCAACAAUGUCUCUCUUCCGCAGAUACUCAACCAGAAGCGGAUAUAUCCCACUGAACGACGAACCAACACCAGAAUCACAGACACAGAAUUCAGAACCACAAUCCCCAAACUCACAAACAACACCACAAACAACUCCAUCCAGAUCACGCAGUUCAUCAUGGGCUUCUCAAUCUUCUCUUCAGGCUUUCCAUCCGCAAUCGCCGGCGUUGGAGGAGAAAAUUAUGGCGUCGGGGAAUAUGCUGGAGAAAUAGCAGUCGGAGAAGGAGGAGACUGA